UUUUAGCAAAAUCGCGGGCUUAAAUAUUAGAACGUCAUUUGUUGUACUGGUCGUAAGUUCGCGACACUUAUUAUCUUUUCGGUUUUGUAACGACGGUAAUCCGGUUGAAUGCGGUAAAACGACGGAACGUUCUCGAGUUGAAAGUUGGUGUUUUGAUGUUUGCAGUUCCGGCGAAGUAGAACAACGAAACAGACCACGGGGGUCGCACGCGGGGUACCGAUACGCGUGUACGGUGUUGCGCGGAUAUCAUAAAUAAUUAUUUUUUUAAACCCCGUCCCAAUUGUAAUCGCGGUUUAAUCGAAAUCCUGCACGUAGCGUAGCGUGAUUUCCGUGUUCGAUUAAUCUACGAGGUCGGUUCAACUAUUGAACUCUUAAUAAAUAUGGCGAACAGUGUAGCACCAGAUUCAUGGGAACAGCAGGCGGAUAACGGAGACAUCGGUCCACCACAGGAUAAGUCCAUCGAAAGCAAAUUUUCCACUCUGAAUGUAAAUGCUGCGGAAUUCGUGCCUUCUUUCUGCAUUAAUUCUUCACCGCAGAACAGUAAUACGGCCGACAGUUCCUGCAAUGUUGCUGUCAUGAUGAAUUCUGUAACCACUUCUAUGCCUCCUGAAAUACAUCAUGGUAAUACUACGCCAGUAGUUCUACCAGAUCCAGUGGGCAAUCGUGUGGAGGAACCACCUGCUGGAGGAGGGGCUCCACCUCCGAAUGUUACCGAUCAAAUGAAUACUAGCCCGGAACAUCAACCAGCUGAUUCAUGGGAAGAAGCAGCGGUAGAUGGUGAUCCUCUUUUAACUCCCGAAAAUGAAGAGGCUGAAAACGAAGAGGAUGAAGAAAUGGUUGUUAAAAUCCCUAAGAAAAAGCCUGUUAAAGUAACAGAGGAUACUAAGAGUAAAAAGGAACAUGUUAAUGUUGUUUUUAUAGGACACGUUGAUGCAGGAAAAUCAACGAUUGGAGGCCAGAUUAUGGCAUUGACAGGAAUGGUUGAUAAAAGAACUUUAGAAAAGUACGAAAGAGAAGCAAAAGAAAGAAGUAGAGAAACGUGGUAUCUGAGUUGGGCUCUAGAUACGAACCAAGAAGAACGGGAGAAAGGGAAGACGGUGGAAGUCGGUAGAGCGUAUUUUGAAACUGAACGAAAGCAUUUCACAAUUUUAGAUGCGCCUGGUCAUAAGAGUUUUGUACCUAAUAUGAUUGGCGGAGCCGCACAAGCUGAUCUCGCGGUGUUAGUUAUUUCUGCGCGGAAAGGAGAGUUCGAAACUGGCUUCGAUAGAGGCGGUCAAACAAGGGAACAUGCGAUGCUGGCUAAAACUGCUGGUGUUAAACAUCUGGUUGUGCUAGUGAAUAAAAUGGAUGACCCGACUGUAGAGUGGGAUGAAAGAAGAUACAACGAGUGCAGGGAUAAAAUACUACCAUACCUCCGUAAAUUGGGAUUUAAUCCUGCUAAAGAUCUUACAUUCAUGCCAGUCUCAGGGCAGCUUGGUUACGGUUUGAAAGAUCCGAUACCAGAACAUCUUUGUACAUGGUACACUGGUCCGCCAUUCAUAUCCUUCAUUGAUUCUCUACCUUCGCUUAAUCGUAAAAACAACGGACCUUUUAUUAUGCCAAUCGUUGACAAAUAUAAAGAUAUGGGAACAGUGGUAAUGGGAAAGGUCGAGGCUGGAGAAGCGAAGAAAGGACAAUCGCUACUUGUUAUGCCGAAUAGGACGGCAGUGACGGUAGAUCAGUUGUGGUCAGAUGACGAAGAAGUGACAUCGGUUGGACCUGGCGAGAACGUAAAGAUCAAAUUAAAAGGCAUCGAAGAAGAAGACGUAAGCCCUGGAUUUGUUCUUUGUGACAGCAACAAUCCGAUAAAAACGGGAAAAGUGUUCGACGCUCAAGUUGUAAUUUUGGAGCAUAAGAGCAUUAUCUGCGCUGGCUAUAGUGCUGUGAUGCACAUUCAUUGUGCAGCGGAAGAAGUUAGAGUGAAAGCAUUGAUCUGUUUGGUCGACAAAAAGACUGGGGAUAAAAGUAAAACCAGGCCGAGGUUCGUCAAACAGGAUCAAGUGGCAAUAAUGAGAAUCGAAUGCGCAGGUGUCAUUUGCCUUGAAAGAUUUAAGCUAUUUCCACAGAUGGGACGUUUCACCCUUAGGGAUGAAAAUAAGACUAUUGCAAUUGGCAAGGUGCUGAAGGUGGUGGAGUAAAGUUGCUCAACUGUGACCACAGAUUGGGGUAAUAAUCGACUUUGAUAACGAGAAAUACACAAGAGAUGCAAGACGAAUACAGUACGCACGAGAAAAAAACGGAACUAGCGUGAUUACUCGCGAACUACUGUUAAUGUAACAUACACUCAUCUUACUCAAGAAGCAAAAAAUGUUCUACAUCAAAGAAAAGCACAUACAUCGUAUGCACAGACAGUUGGGUCGGGGUUUGGGGUUACGGGGCGGGGGGGAGGGAGGGUAUUUAUAACCUGAGAUAAAGAAAAAAAGCAAAUAGAUUUGAUUAUAUAGAUAAGGAGACAAAACCACUAAAAAAACUCAAGAGCGCGUGUUCCUUCUAAUUAGGUAAGCUGAACCACAGCACUCACAUUGAGUUCAUUACAAAUAAAUUAAUGAUCAAAUGACAAACAGUGUCUCCUUAAUAUUGUAAAACACGAUAUUUUUAUUCUUCUGAGGUGAGAGACAUUAAUGAACGUAAAAGAAGAGAAUAACAAUUGCAAGAUAAAAACUAAGGAAAAUAUUAUUAAUAUUAUUAUAAUGAUUAUUGAAUAAUUAUUAUUAAAUUGGUGGUAAGAAGCGAAAGGAUACUAAAAAAAAAAAAAAAAAAACAAAUACAGAAAUUUAUUAAAUCUGCCAGAUAGUGUUACACGACAAUUUAUAAUUAUAAAAUUAAUAUUAUUAUUACUACUAUUACACCGUUUCUUAUUGCAUUGUCAUUAAAAACAAAUUUGCAACAAAAAUGUGCUCUACUAAUUUCGAUAAGAGGUUUCAUGUGUAUGGUUGAUUUGCUUUUUCUUGCACGUACUGUUUCUGUUAAUACGAUUGGUGUUUGACGGCGCCAAGGUUCGUGUAUUGUAUCGAUGUAUUACGUGUCUAUAACACCAGAUAUUCUUACACUGUGCUUCUUCAGAAAAAAGUUUCGAUGAUUUAUAGCGUUAUAUGCGAUAAAAGAAAAUUAAUGUCGAGAUUUAACUGAAAGGAAGUUAAUAUAGAGAAUUUUCAAAGCAGACAUUUUGUGAGUGCUUUCUUUACAUGUAUUACUGCUUCUUUUUUCUUUGCUGCUAAUUUUUCAUAGAUAUUAAAGUAUAUCUACAUCUCUUGUCCUAUUCUUUUUACUUUUUACGUUUAUUAUUAUCCUUUAUUUCACGUCUUACGUCGAAUCUGUUUCCUAACAAAACAGAUUUCACAGACAAUUAAUUUUAUUCCUAUAAAUUGUUCGGCAAAGUUUGCGUUUUAUGGUUGUUAUAUUUUUUAAAUUGUUAAUAUUAUUACGAUCGAUACAUUAAAAAAAAUGCUAAUAUAA